AAAAAAAAAAACAGGCUGAACCUUUCUCAAAUGUGAUAUUUUAAAUAGAGAAACUUGGCGAUAGGUGCUUAAAUCUCUCAGGAAUUUUUUUAAUACGGCAGAGUAAGCAUCUGAUAAGAGGAGAUCGUAUUAUGUAGCAAUCUACAUUGGAUUCUCUCCAAAACAGAGUCUUUCGUUGUAGUGUAGUUCUACCUAUCUAGUGAAGUGAUUUCACACACGUAUAAGCUCAAACAAAUUUUUCGGUGUUCCGUGAGUUGUUCGUGUUUCUUAUCCCAUGCGGCUGGAGGCAAUUGUGCCGGACUUUUCGGCCAACACUACGCAUGGCCCGAUUGAAUUCUACGAUUACGCCGGGGAUUCAUGGGUGGUGUUAUUUUCGCACCCUGCGGACUUCACACCGGUUUGCACGACUGAACUGGGAAGAAUGGCAGCGCGUUAUUCCGAGUUUAAAAGACAGAAUGUUAAGCUGCUGGCCCUCUCAUGUGAUCCACUCCAAACACACGCAGACUGGGUCAACGAUAUCAAAUCAUACUAUACCGAUAUUCCAGCCGAUUUUCCAUACCCAAUCAUUUGCGACGAAUCGAGGGAACUGGCGGUGAGGUUGGACAUGUUGAAUGAAACUGACAGGCAGGACCCAGAAACUGCAGUGACAGUCAGAGCCCUUUACAUUAUUGACCCCAAUAAAAAGCUCAGGCUUUCUAUGCUCUAUCCGACAACAAUUGGAAGAAAUAUUGAUGAAAUUUUACGAGUAAUUACUGCACUGCAACUGCAUGACCGGUUAAAAGUAAUUGCAACGCCAGUAGAUUGGACACCUGGAGAGAAAAUUAUGAUACUUCCCGAAGCAACUAAUGAGGAAAUUGGCGAAAUAUUUCCAUCAAGUUCUAUUCACAGUGUGUCCAUGCCAUCUGGAAAAGACUAUCUCCGCACCGCAACCAAGUAUUAAGUUACAUCUACAGUCUCUUGGGACCAUCAGAUUGACCAUAUAGCCAGCUGUAGUAGAGCUGGAAUUAAUGGUGAAUUUGAUGAAGGGCAACUUAAGAAAUUUCUCUCCUGUGUGCAUCAAUCACUUUCAAAUUAAAGUAAAAGAGUAUCAAGAAGUGCAAGAGUGUUAAGCACAUAUACUGCUUAGGUAACUUGUAUAACAGUAGAAAUCAGCAUUUUAUCAAAAUAUUAUAAUUAUUAUGAGCCGUGUGAGAGAAAACCAAAGAGUUUUCAUGUAUGUAUUUGUAACACAAAACGGGAAA